CACAGUGCCCUGACGGACUCGUGAGGGAUGCUGUGUUUCUCUGGGAACAUACACCUGUCCCGCAAGCAAAGGUUGCACCGCUGCACCUAUACCAGCCAUUGCAGUGAUGGUCCCACCUUGAAAUCCAGACGGAGCAAAAACGAGUCAAAAGAAAGGAUCGUUCUGAGGUCUUCAGUUUUCGAAAACUCCUCUGUGCCAUAAGCUCAUGCCAUGGCCAGGAAAACAGUUUCUCGGAAAAGUAGUUCCCUGUGACGGAUCCACAAUACAAAGUUGAGGUCUGCUUCUUCUUAGUAACCCAAAAGGACCAAGAUGAUGUUUUGGCUGCUGCUAGUUCUGUCCAUUUGGCUGGGUCCCAAUCAAGCCGACUCUGCUCAGACCAAUGAACGGCGAGUUGUAGCACACAUGCCUGGUGACAUAAUCAUCGGAGCAUUGUUCUCUGUACAUCACCAGCCUACUGCUGAUAAGGUGCAUGAACGCAAAUGUGGUGCGGUGCGAGAGCAGUAUGGCAUCCAAAGGGUGGAGGCCAUGAUGCAUACACUGGACCGCAUUAAUGCUGACCCGCACAUCCUUCCCAACAUCAGCCUGGGCUGUGAGAUCAGGGACUCCUGCUGGCACUCGGCUGUGGCUCUGGAGCAGAGCAUCGAGUUCAUACGCGACUCGCUGGUCUCCUCUGAUGAGGCCGAGGAGUGGGGCGGCGGAACUUCUUGGGGAGGCGGAGGAGGGACGCUAAAGUGCUCAGACCCCUCUGCCACUCCAAUGCGGGGGAAGAAACCUAUUGUGGGUUUAAUUGGACCUGGCUCAAGCUCAGUGGCCAUCCAGGUCCAGAACCUGCUACAGCUAUUCAACAUACCACAGAUUGCCUACUCUGCCACCAGUAUGGACCUCAGCGAUAAGAGCCUUUACAAAUACUUUAUGCGGGUGGUGCCUUCAGAUGCCCAGCAGGCAAGAGCUAUGGUGGACAUUGUCAAGAGAUACAACUGGAGCUACGUGUCUGCAAUACACACAGAAGGGAACUAUGGUGAAAGUGGGAUGGGGGCGUUCAAGGACAUGGCAGCCAAGGAGGGCAUCUGUAUCGCCCACUCUGGGAAAAUCUGGAGCAAUGCCGGAGAGCAGAGCUUUGAUCGGCUGCUGGAGAGACUGAGGGCCCAUCUGCCUAAGGCUAGAGUAGUGGCAUGUUUCUGUGAAGGCAUGACUGUCCGAAAUAUCCUCAUGGCUAUGAGGCGCCAGGGACUGGUUGGAGAGUUUCUUCUCAUCGGCAGUGAUGGAUGGGCGGACAGGUAUGAUGUGACAGAUGGCUAUGUUAAGGAAGCGGCCGGCGGGAUUACCAUCAAGCUCCAGUCGGCUGACGUGAAAUGGUUUGAUGAAUACUACCUUAAACUUCGUCCUGAAAACAAUCACAGAAACCCUUGGUUUCCAGAGUUCUGGCAGCAUCGCUUUCAGUGUCGACUAAAAGGUCACACCCAGGAGAACAGCAAGUACAACCGCACCUGCAGCAAGCGAGAGUCACUUCGGCAGCAAUAUGCACAGGACACUAAGAUGGGAUUUGUCAUUAACGCCAUCUACUCAAUGGCAUAUGGCCUGCAUAACAUGCAACGGUCACUCUGCCCAGGUUACAAGGGCCUGUGCGAUGCCAUGCGACCCAUUGAUGGGGCUAGACUUCUGGACUUUUUGAUGAAAACCAACUUCACCGGUGUGUCAGGGGAAGGAAUCUUAUUUGAUGAAAACGGAGACUCACCCGGCAGGUAUGAAAUAAUGAACUUCAAAAAGAUGGGGAAGGACUACUAUGACUACAUAAACGUCGGCAGUUGGGACAACAGAGGCUUAAAAAUAGAUGAUGAUGAAAUCUGGCCCAGCAAAGAAAGCGUGAUCAAGUCAGUCUGCAGUGACCCCUGUGACAAAGGGCAGAUUAAGGUGAUCCGUAAAGGUGAAGUGAGUUGCUGCUGGACGUGCACCCCCUGCAAAGAAAAUGAAUUUGUGUUUGAUGAGUACACCUGCCAAGCCUGUGAGCUGGGCUCCUGGCCUAAUAAUGACCUCACAGGCUGUGACCCAAUACCAGUGGAAUACCUUCGAUGGGGAGACCCUGAACCCAUUGCUGCUGUGGUAUUUGCCUGCCUCGGUCUAAUGGCUACAUUUUUUGUCACUGCAGUCUUUAUUAGAUUCCGGGACACUCCAGUCGUGAAAUCUUCCAGUAGGGAACUGUGUUACAUAAUACUGGCAGGUAUCUGUUUGGGAUACCUGUGUACCUUUACCCUCAUAGCCAAACCCCACGUCAUCCAUUGCUACCUCCAGCGACUGGGAAUAGGCCUGUCACCUGCCAUGAGCUACUCUGCACUUGUCACCAAGACAAACCGCAUUGCUCGGAUCCUGGCAGGAAGCAAGAAGAAGAUCUGCACAAAGAAACCUCGCUUCAUGUCUGCCUGUGCUCAGCUUAUCAUUGCCUUCCUCCUCAUACUGCUACAGCUGGGCAUCAUUGUGGCUCUCUUCCUCAUGGAGCCCCCGGAGGUCAUCCACGACUAUCCCAGCAUCCGCCAGGUCAACCUCAUUUGCAACACCACGAACCUCGGCGUGGUUGCCCCGCUGGGAUACAACGGCCUGCUUAUCCUUAGCUGCACCUUUUAUGCCUUCAAGACCCGCAACGUCCCAGCUAAUUUCAAUGAGGCUAAGUACAUUGCCUUUACAAUGUACACCACCUGUAUUAUCUGGCUGGCAUUUGUACCCAUCUACUUUGGCUCUAACUACAAAAUUAUCACCAUGUGCUUCAGUGUCAGCCUGAGCGCCACUGUGGCUCUGUGCUGCAUGUUUGCACCCAAGGUGUACAUCAUUCUGGCUAAACCAGAGCGUAAUGUGCGUAGUGCCUUCACCACUAGCACGGUGGUGCGCAUGCAUGUGGGCGAUGGCAAAUCAUCCUCAGCUGCCAGCCGCUCCUCCAGUCUGGUUAACCUGUGGAAACGGAGAGGCUCCACUGGAGAGACACUCAGCUCCAAUGGUAAAUCAGUGUCGUGGGCACAGACAGAGCGCAGCAGUUCACGUGGAAACCACCUGUGGCAGCGUCUGUCAUUCCACAUCAAGAAGAAAGAGAACAAUCAGACUGCUGUUAUUAAGCCUUUCUCCAAAACCCCUGAGGAACAUUACUGCAGUGGGGCUGACCUGCCACCACAUGUCCCUCUGCCCUCACUCCCGUCCAUGUCCUCUCUCCCCACUCAUCCUGACAAUGUCACCGACAAGACCCUGUAUGAGCUCUCAGAAGCAGAGGAGCGCUACUCGAUCACAUACCGGCCACAGACGCCUUCACCGAUCAGCACAGUCAGCCAGAGAAUAGGAGCGAGUUCGGGAGAGGAGCCUCAGAUGGGCAGUAUUCCAAAGUAUCCGAGCAGCAUCUGCAGCGCCGGCAGCGGCAGCAGUUGCGGUCCUCCCAGCAGCGGCUCUAUUGUUACAGGGAGUGACGGUAGAUUGGUUAUUGUGGACGAUCGCCCAGGGGAGCCCCAGAGUUCACUGAUGGAUCAGAUCAGCUGUGUGGUUAACCGCUUCACUGCCAACAUAACGGAGCUCAACAGUAUGAUGCUCUCGUCCUCCCCAUCACACUCACACAUGCAGAAACACACACCUCCAUCUCCUCAUCCCGCCGACCCCUAUCUGUUACCCCGUGAACUCCAGAUGCCCCCGACCCUCACCACCUACGCUGAUGUCCAGCCGCUUCCUCCUGUUGAAUCAAGCUUUGGAGGCCGGGGUGGCUGUCCCAUUCACUCUAUGCCUCAUUCACCUUACCCCCUGCCACCCCCUCACUCCCAGGCCUCCCAGGCCUCCCCGUCCCGCUCCCCCAUGCGAGGGGGUCGGCUCACCUGCCUCACCGACUCCCCUCUGAGGAGGGCAGAGUUGGAGGAGGAGCUAAUCGCUUUGACUCCUCCGUCACCCUUCCGUGACUCUCUGGCUUCCAGCAGUGGCUCACCUGUCUCUGAGACAGGUCUUUGUCUCCCUCCAGUCCCGUCCCACCCUCCCCCCUCACCCCCUUCGCCCAGAUACACCAGACUGACACUCAGAAACUACAGCCAGAGUUCAUCCUCACUGUGAGGCAGAGAUGAAUCACAGAAAUGAAGAAAAGCACUCAAAAACAACACAGCUUGUAAACAGAAGAGAUAAUGGGUAGACAAAUCCAUUUGCCCGACAAAUGUAGGACAAGUUUGGUGAAGACACCAAACUGUGUUUGUGUUUACAUGUUUGCAGUGAGUUGCGAGUCUAAGAAACUUGCCCAUGUUGUAUUUUCUUGACGUUUCUCACGAAUGUGGAUGGAAAACUGCAAAAUUGGCCACUAUAACUUUGAAGUGUUUUGGCACCAGUAAGGCCAGGGAUCAUUUGUGAGGGUCUGAGGCUACUCAUCAUUGAAGUUAGGGUAGUGGCCUUAAGGUAACUUGGCUAUCAACUAAUUAGAGACUGUGGAUGUGUGUGUGUGUGUGUGUCUGUGCGUGUGUGCGGGGUAAUGUGAGUGUAUUUUUACUGUAUCUUAGUUAAUCAGAUGUGAUGGCAACAUGACAGCAAACAGUAUUGAUGAAUAAAGACUCCUUCAGCCUAUAAGAAUCGUCAGAGGCUAUCAAGGGCACAUACAUUGGCUCGUAGGCACAUUUACACAGGUGCACAUUGACAAACACAACUGUGGGCACACUGAUACAAAUACAAUGUAAGGGAAACACUGUAAAUAUGUAUGAGGUUACAGAUUUUUCUUUGAUUAUUAAAUCCAACACGCUUCUGACAAAGUGCAUUGCAUCAACAGUGUUAACAUAUACAGGCACUAUGUUAAGAACCACCUUUUCAUUUAUUCAGCUUCCCAAUCUAAGCGAUUUAUGUCCCUGGUCCCUUUCUGUCUCACGGCUUUCUUUUAUCCUGCGAUCAUUUCAGUAUUUUCUACUCUUCCAAUGAGUUUUCUUCAGAAGUUUGAAUGUAUGUUUUCUACAUGACUCCUGAAGCUGUUGGGACCAAACCUUUUGUAGCUUUCUGUGUGUGACUUGAGAAAGAGGACGACAGAGGGACUGAAAAGACCAGGCCUUGUUUUACCAUAAACAUCUUAGUCAUUAAAUGAGAUUCAGGUGGAUCAUUGGCAGACGUCUGAUCUCAAAGCUGAAUGUUGAUGUGUGACAUUUAACACUGCAUUUUGCGAGGCUUAGCUGGAUCCCAGUCAUGACAUUUUCUCUAUACAAUAUGUCAGCAAGACACAGUCGUCCUGUUUCAUCACAGACAGUGCUCUGAAUGCGUUUAAUUGAAAUCACGGCAAUCUAUAAUGUCAGUGGGUGCAAAUUGAUAGAUUCAAGCUGGGGAGCGUCCUCCUCAGCCACUAUGAGGUCCAUCGGUUGCUCAGGUGCUAUGAUUUUUAUUUUUUAUUUUUUAAACAAAGGUGGCAGAACAACCAAAGAUGUUCACAAAAAUUGAGCAUUAGGUAGAUUUUUUUAAAUGUUAGGUUUACUUAAUACACUCCUGCCACAUUACUGUUAGUCUCACAAGACCAUACUGGUUGACUGUUGAUGAUGACUGACAUCCAGUAUAGCCAAAUAAAAAUGUCAGUGAUGCAGAUCCAGGAAAACACAGACUUGAAAAUUACCCAGACCUCAAGUAGUAUUGACUUAAAGGAAUACUUCCUUAUUGUGGAAAAUUGGCUGCGGUUACAAGAGCAGGCAAUCGAUACCACUCUCAUGCUUUAUCUGUCAGGUAAAUGUAGGAAGUCUCUGUUAGUUGCCUGGCAACCGUGUGGUGAUGACAAUACUUCAGGAAGUCAUGGUUAAAUAGAAGCAAGAUGCAAAUGAUCCCCUACGAAAUAGCAAUGUGUUUUUGAGAUUUGACAUUUUAAUUAUUGAAUUAAGACCAAGACAAUAAGGCUAGUUGUUUCUUUACCGCCUGUAGCUUCAUGCCGUCAGUAUUCUCACUUCAGUAAGAAUUUAAGUCCAUUGGUUUAGUCUUUAGAGUCUGGCUUCGUGCCAUAUAUCCUAGACUGAGGAAAAUGUGAGUGAACUCAAAGUGUUUGGCAACAGUAGUUCAUAUAUUUGUAGGAGAUUAGAUUUGGCUUUUUAAGAUUUUGGGUAUGCCUUUAAAUAGAGUGUUCUUAUAUAUGUGCCAACGCCUGUACCUGGAGGAAAAAUGUGCCACUGAAUAUAUUUACUAAGAUGCUUUUGAGAAACAAGGCCUUGGCUUUGUUUCAGCUCCUUCAACCGAGAAAAUCAGUUGUUGCAAAGCAAAGCAAAAAACACAAAUACGAAAAAAAAUUAAAACCAGGAGGUUUUCAUACACAACACGAGCAGUUUUUUAAAUACAUUUUAUCUUCAUGUGGCGUGUAUACAGUGUGCACAUACCAUUAAAGCGAUUACUAAUUGGACCGUUGAUAAACACAACACACCAAAAAUCAGUGCUGCAUUGUUGUCCAUCAUGAUAGUCCACAGUCUGGUUCCUCCUUUUUGAGUUUACUUACGAAUUUGUGCUCUACAGUAGCCAGCAAGAACAAACUCAGACAAAAUGACUCUGUAAAUACUAAGGGCAUGCAAUGACAGUUCUGUUUUGUUUCAGAUGAAAGUACGUUUAUUUACAUAUCAGCAAAUGUUAAAAAAAGAAAAAGAAAAAAGAUCUUUUUGAGCUAUCUUAUA